AUCACAUAUACACGCACACACAAUGAGUCAUUCUUGGGACCAUGUUCGAAAUGGAGUGAGACAAUUCAGAACGAACUUUCAGUCCAUGUACCCCGUUCAAGUAUUGACCGUUGUCAAAGAUUUUACAGUGCAUUGUAAUAAUCUUUAUUUUCUGUCGAACCAUGUUACUUCUGCUGAUACUUGUCCAAGUAGGAAAAUCUCUCUCCACAAAGUCAACCUCCACACAUUAAACACUGUACCUAUACCACAAACAGAAGACAACAAUUACUUGACAGCCACCCGUCAAUUACCCCUUUCAGACACCUCUAUCACAUUUACCGACUAUCUGUCGCAAGACGAAAAGGGAAAUACUGUACAGACACCUUUACCUGGUAUCUCUUCCAUGGAACGCUUAGACAAUACCCUUAUGCUGACAUGCAAUGGCAAUAUCUAUAUCAGUGACACGGACAAGAUGCCGACAUUAAUUCCAUAUAAAGCCAAUGAACGCAGUCGAUCGAAUUCACCUUGCUCACCCAUGAUGAGUCCCAUCGACAUCAAUCUACCGAAAAAGACCAUUUACGGCGACCCACAAGCCAAUCGAGUGGAUCCCAAACUCGGUAAAGACACCAUUACGUUCAUCAGGGAUAGAGAUCUUUGGUGCACGGAUUUUGCGGGGAACGAACGUCAACUCACGUUUUGUGGGAAUGAUGAGGAUCCUACCUUAAAAUGUGGUGUCGCGGAAUACAUGAUGCAGGAGGAAUUUCAUCGAUUUACAGGUUAUCAUCGUUGUCCUACCAAAAAUCAUCUUUUAUACCUGGAGACCUCUGAAAAGGAUGUGGAAGAAGUGACAGUUUCCAAAAAUUCAAUGCAGGAACCCAUUCGUUAUCCUCGUGCCGGGAAACCCAACGCUCAAAGUGUCCUAAAGCUGCUUGAAUUCGAUCAUGCAGAUGGUGUGGUGUUGCAUAAACAGUUGUGGGGGGAGCAUCAAAUUCAAACUCAGUUUCCUUGGAUCGAAUACAUUGUCAGAUUUGGGUGGCUGCCCGACGGUCAAAGUGUGUGGGUGCAGAUACUCUCAAGAGAUCAAAAGAAGACUGCUCUUUUAAAAUUAUACCCUUCUCAAUUCACAGCUACGAAUACCAAUGAAACACCUUCCAGCACACAAAUUCUAUGGGAAGAAAGCAACCCACACUGGAUUAAUGUGACAGACACAUUUCAUUUUAUGAGAACCGAUUCUCUAGAGAAAGUAGAAUUUAUAUGGAGUUCAGAAAAGGGUAAUGGGUAUCGUCACUUGUAUCAUGUUGAAAAAUGGAGCGAUGGACGUACAGGUGUGCGACAACUCACUGAGGGUACAUGGCCCUGUGUUGAUCGACCAUUGUAUGUGGAUGAACAACGACAGUUGGUCUAUUUCACAGCGAAAAGGGAAUCUCCUUUAGAAUCACAUUUUUAUGUGACAUCGUAUCUAGACACAGGGAAGGAACCUGUGUUAUUAACACGGCAGGGAUAUAGUCAUACAGUAAGCAUGAACUCACCCGAUUAUUUCGUGGAUUGUUUCUCUACACUCUCAGAUCCUCGUGUGAUUCUCAUUGGACAUAUUCAACAUGAUGACAAAGAUAGGAUACACUCUGCUUUACUGAUACCUACACUUCAACCUUCUUCUGUCGCUGCGGAGGAAGAAGAGAACGAGUAUAAAUAUGAUGGAGUGACACCUUUACGACGACGACGCUCUUCUGACUUGACGAAUUUAGCAGAUAUGGUGCCUAACGGAGAUAUAUUUUCAUUUCAUACGUCCGAUGGGGUCUUACUUUAUGGAUGCCUGUAUAAACCACGUCAUUAUCAAGCGGAUACGAGUUACCCAACCGUUUUACAUAUUUAUGGUGGACCCAAGACACAAUUGGUGACGAACGAAUUUAAAUUUCCACGUUUAAUGCGAUACCUCAUGUCUGUCUAUUUCGGCUUUGCUGUGGUGAUUAUUGAUAGUCGUGGGUCUACAGACAGAGGACUGGAAUUUGAAGCGCAAUUACAGUUGAAGUUGGGUCAAGUGGAGUUGAAGGAUCAAAUGGAAGGACUUCGGUUUUUACAUGAUACGAGGUUUGGAGCAGGGACAGAAGAAGGGUCACCCAGUGUGAUUGAUUUGAAAAGAGUGGCUAUUUCGGGAUGGUCGUAUGGUGGUUAUUUGAGUUUAAUGGGAUUAGCACAGUAUGGAGAUUUCUUCAAGAUGGCGAUUGCAGGUGCUCCCGUGAUUGAGUGGGAGUUAUAUGAUGCAGCUUAUACAGAACGGUAUAUGGGGUUACCGAAAGAACAAGUGGAAGCGUAUCGAAGAAGUAGUGUACUCAGCUAUGCAAGCCAAUUCCCCGACGAAGAAAAUCGAUUGUUGAUAGCGCAUGGAUUGAUUGAUGAAAAUGUACAUUACAGAAACACUGAAAUGUUGGUGACGGAAUUAGUCAAGGCUAACAAGCCUCAUUAUCUUCAGGUCUAUCCAUCAGAGAAACAUGGACUUCGACACGCUAGUGUAAACGAACAUUUUGAAACACUCAUGUUUUAUUGGCUCACAAACUAUUUGUAAAUAAUAAUAAAACAAAGAAUGUUUCUUUACGUCACUGUUUAAAAUAAAAACGUGUCUGUGCUCUUGCGCAUUCAUGGUUUUUUCUUUUGGCAACCCUUGUUUAAAAUGAACCCCCGAAAAAGGCGUAAUUUUUAAUUAAAACGGGAUGAAAACAAGCC